AAUCAGUACCGAGCUAGCGUCUCUGUCAGUCGAAUGUUUUAACAUUAAAGUGAAGAAUGAUGGCGAAUAUAUUGCAGUGGCCUACAAAAGUGUGGCAAUUGCCUAAAGUGCAACAUUUGGUUAAAAGUACGUUACGGUAUUUCUCUGCUGGGCAAAAGAAUGAACUUUCUGAUGAAACCAAAACAGACAAAAUAAAUUACAGUGGGACAUAUGUCAACAUGUGUAAGAUUAACAGGAUGAUGAAUAUAAAGUCUGGUGAUAGAAUUCUAACCGUUGCUGCAAGCGGAGCGCAUGCCAUUUCUAAACUUCUUGCUGACCCAGAAGAAGUCGUUGCAAUAGAUAUCAGUGUCCCUCAACUGCACAUGUCCAAACUACAAGCAGUUGGCAUGAAGCUUUUAUCUAGAGAAGAAUUCUGCACGCUUAUAGGCAUCGACAGAGAGCGGACCCCAUCAACGGAAAGAAUGCAAAUCUAUGAAGAUAUACGAUCUGCUCUUGACGCCGAUUCCAUUGAAUUCUGGGACCGUUCAAAGAAUUUGAUUGAAGAUGGUAUUCUGUAUUGCGGAGAAUUCGAUAGAGCAUACAUCAACUCGUUUAACGCGUUGUAUCCAACAAAGCAGGAUAAGGCAACGAUCCGACAAUUUCUAGAAUUAGGUGACGAUAUGGAGACCCAGCGUCGUGUCUACAAAGGUCUUCGAGAAACGUCACAAUGGAGGGCGGUUUUCAGGAACCUUUUGAAUUUUGAGUGUUUUUCCAUGAUGAGUAAUGUACUCGAGGAUGAUCAGGAAUUGGACAGACUGGUUCUCAACAUGUUUAACCAUGUGUGUAACAAUGUCCCAAAUAAUAGAAGUCAUAUGUUGGAAUCAUUUAUGACUGGUGAUUUGACAAUAUGCCAAUUGCCCGCCUAUCUCAGAGAGGGCAAUUUUGAACUAAUAAAGGAUCGUUUAGACAGAAUAAAAUGGGUUGAAGGAGAUAUCGUUGAUCACAUAUCUGAUUCUGUAUCUAAGCCGAACUUAAGAAAGUUUGAUGGUAUAAACUUGUCCACCGUACCAGUUUACUACGAACAGCCCGAAAAGCUCCCCAACAUGAUGAAAUGUGCUGUGACAUUAUGCAAUCCUGGCUCGAUGAUUGUAUAUUAUGUGCAUUCGGAUAAACGUAACAAUCGAUUCCAGGAUGACUUGGUAGAAAAGGGUCUGCUGUCUUACGGUGGUCAAGAUCUGUCACACGGUGGUUUUAUCAUACCAAGGUGUUCGACAGUUAUUUAAUACGGUUAAAGGAUCCGACAUUUAAGUGUCAUCGUGAAUUA